GGGACAUCAGCAGAAAGUACCUUUUUUGAACAUGGGGUAAAUUUAAUCAGCUGAAACAUAGAGAUGUUGUUUUUAUCAAAGUAGUUUCUCAUUAGAUAUCUCUUUAACUUUGAAAUAAUAAUGUUAUUAUUCUUUCACUCUUGACAAGCUGUUUUAGUUUUUAUAUAAUUGAAUCAAUAGAGAACGACACAUCUCAAUUUCAAUUAAUUAAUUAUUUUUUUAUGUAGAAAUUGUAACUAAAUAACCUUAAUUUAUUUGAUAAAAACUUUAGGAUAUUGUUAACUUUUAACACUGAUUUUGCCUAUCUGUUACCAAUACAAAUGAAGUAACUGAACGUGCCUCUAUUCUUUUGAAUAGAACAUGAUUGUCACACAAUGGGAUGCCCUUCCCAACAGUUCAAGAUUUUUAUCAUUGUUGGGGCAGGUAAAUUAUUGAAGAUAUUUAUCACAAAUAAAAAUCUGUUGAGAUUGUGUAUAAUAAUUAAAUAUCAAAAUAUUUAUUUGUAUAAUCAUGAUGCCACAAGGAAGUGGAGAUGAUAAUGUGAUAUUAAACAAAUAAGUAGUUUACAGUUGUUAGAUAGUGUCAUUUUUUCUCUUAUCAUUGAGCUCUCUCAUUGCUCAUAAACAAUCCCUAAACGUCAUAUUUGUAUUCAGUGAAUUAUAUCUCAAUUGAAUUUACAGACACAGAAGAGACCCUUGUCCUUUGAAAUUUGGGAAUUUCCUGAAAUUAGUGAAACCCAGACCUUACUGCCUUGCUUUCUCACACUUAAUUCUCUUUAUAUAAUUGUGCAUGACAUCAUUUCCAAUGGAGUGGAUCUGCAAUUGGUGUCUGAGAAAAUUCUAUUAAUUCAGGUAUUUCAACAAAUACACUAAAAUAAAUAACUAAAUUGGUGACUGAGAAGAAGAAUUAUAAAUAUUUCCUUUGUUUUCACUUAAAAAUUAUUAUUUUAAACAGCAAUUAUUUAUUCACACUUUGAGAUCUUGACUUUAAAAAAUAAUAAUAAUUUUUUUUGUGCAUAAAAAAAAAUUAUAAUGAAAAGAAAUUGAUUUGACUGUAAAUAUUUCUAAUUUUGUCAGGCACAUGUUUAAAUAUUUCCUCCUCAUUUUCUCAUAAGGCUUGUGUGCAUCGACCAGAGAUAAUCAUUGCAUGCUUGUACCCACAUACACUAAACGCUGAGGAGAUUGAAGAAGAUUUUAAAAGGGAAGCUCUGAGAGAACACAUCAAGGCUAGAUAUGUGUUUCUCAAUCUUGAGUACAGUGAUAUGUUAGACAGACUUCACCAAGCAAUUUAUGAAGCCUGUGAAAAUAUGAAAGAUUCAUCUUUUGAGAGAGAUCGAACUCUGAGCCAGAGGCAGGUGCCAUCCUCAUUUAUAAAAGCUGCUCAGAGAGCUAAGGAGAUGAAGAAAGACAAAAAAAUUUGCAGCAUGGAGGAGUUUUUCAGUGGCAUAGAAUGUACCUCAGCUGAUCUAGAAGAUGGUGUUGAUGCAAACCUUAAAAGUAUGCUUUAA